GAAGGAAAAGGGGCGGAGGCAAAAAAACCAAAAAAAGACCAGCCCGCGCGUGUCUAUAUAAACGGCCAGCCGGCGAAAGUAGAUUUCCAGUGAAGGGCUGGUUCGCGCCUUGCGAGUUGCUGCUAUUGGGGGAAGGAAGCGGAAAUGGCCGUGGACGAGCGAGAAGAGGGCGGGGCCUCCGAGGACCUAGAGUGCGGCAUCUGCUGCAUGCCAUACGACCGCUGUGGGCGGGCGCCGCGCCGGCUCGGGGGCGCGCACGGCUCCUGGAAGCCCUCACGCUGCCGCCACGUGAUUUGUAGCGCCUGCGUGUGCCAGCUGGCGCGCGAGGGCUGGUGGGAGGAGGUCACGUGCCCGUACUGCCGCGCCGUUACAUCUCUGCGCGAGCGCGGCAACUUCCUCGUGGCCGGCGUCAGGCGCGGGAGCGGCGGGCUUGGCGGGAGGCGCCGCCUGGUCCUGCCGCCCAUCGACACCGAGCUCUGGCAGCGCGUUGUCCGGCUCGAGAAAGAGGCCGGCGGAGAGCGGACUGAGGAGACUGAAGAGAAGGACGGCGGCGCGGAGGAGGCCGAGACCGGCCAAUGGAGCCUCUGGAGGACGCUGAAGAGGCUCGUGAAGGGAGGAGGCGAAGGGGACCGCCGCGCGCAUGCGCAGAGGGGCCGGAGCCGGAGUAGCUCCAUGCCCGUGAGGCGGAGGCAGCCAAUCAACCCCUACGGCCCUGAAAGAAAAGACUUGGCACUCAUGACUUGCUACAUCAUCUGAAGAGCGGCUGGUUCGAAUCAACAAGUGUUUAUGAGCUGCUACAUCAGAAGAGCUUGCAUCUCAAGCAUUGGUGAAGCAGCCCUUGUCUACGCACAGGGUGUUGUUUCCCUGCUGUGGAUGUUAGACAACAGAGGUGAUGCAUCCUUGUUAUCUUUAGCAGUCAACAAAGUUUCUUUGUGCUACUCUUGGAGUUGCAGUUCCUUAUGACCAAUGGAGGCCAGUGCAGACAGAUGGCUCCAGAAGAGGUACAGAAAAGUUCUCAUCCCCUCUCCUGGCCCCUCGCGUCUUCUGCCUCGUGAAACGAAGCAAAAUUGGGGAGAUACAGCAGAAAGUAGAGGGAAGGCUUAGCAGACCGUGUGUGAUCAUAUGUGAUACAAGAUGACACCUUUUCCAGGCGAAAUCUGCAAUGUCUUGAAGGCUGAUUAGGUUUGCGCAUGGGCUGUUUAACCUAGCUCUGAACGUACCUGUCCAAGAGUUAACUUCUUCAUUGCCUCCAUUUGCCUGAGGGGCAGGGAUUUAAGAGAUAUGAAAGUACCCUCCCACACCCACUCUGGCAAACUUGGGGAAAGUGGGAUGGAUAGAGUCAAGACUAUAUAGCUAACAAGCAUACUACUGCGCAUUUGUAGUGCUUUUUUCCUACUGUAAAGUAGCCAGUUUAACAUGGGGCAUUGUGUGAGGAGGGGAAGAAUGGAAAUAGACUGUGUGUAUAUUUGCCAUCAUUCUUCAGAAGCUAAUUUUGUUCAUAUUUGGCAUUUUUCUACCUUUGGAAAAUGUACAUAGCAAACUGUUAAAUGGCUUCAUUGGCAUAUUUUAUUUUUGGCACAUAAUCCAGUUCUUAAUGGUUUUUUUCCUUAUACAACAUGUUUUUUGAUGCUAAGUUGAGCUGUUUUAAACAGUCGAUUUGGCCAAAAGUCACAUGAGGAUUUGAGGUGAUACUUGCUCCCUCCAGGAUCUAUGCCGGCCUUGUCGUCCUUUGUGACUGUUGGUUUGCCUUGGCCUGUACUCUUUCCUACGAAAACGCUGUGUUCUUUUGCUGCAUUCAUUGCAAAAAGCAGAACAGAUUCUGUAGUCUCUCCAGGUUUGGAAAUCUCAUAUGUGAAUAGUAUGUAUCGGAGGAGGCCAUCAGCCUCUCCUAGAUAACGUGAUCUUCCUGACAAAUAAAUGUUUUAAAUGCUGGUUGUUUUUAAAGAAGCAUUUCUGUGAAAUGUGUUUGGCAUGCCUAAUAAUUUCAUAUUUAUAAUUUUCCCCAAUGUUGGCAAUUGUAAUUUAUUAAAUUGUAAUAAAAACCUAAAAUUUGAACUA